AUGGUUUUCAGGUCAGGGUUUGGACGUGUGCUAAGUAGAGGUCUUGCCACAGAAGUGGGCGUGGGGGGGUCAGGAUCGGUAGGUCGUUUCAAGACAUUCAAGAUAUACAGAUGGAAUCCGGACAAGCCGGCAGAGAAGCCUAGGUUGCAGAGUUAUGAUGUGAAUUUGGAUGAAUGUGGGCCGAUGGUGUUGGAUGCUUUGAUUAAGAUCAAGAAUGAGCAAGAUUCGACGUUAACUUUCCGGAGGUCGUGCAGGGAGGGGAUUUGUGGGUCAUGUGCUAUGAAUAUCAAUGGGAGGAACACUUUGGCGUGUUUGUGCAAGAUUGAUCAGGAUGAGCGGAAGAACUUGAAGGUUUAUCCGUUGCCGCAUAUGUAUGUUGUGAAGGAUUUGGUGCCGGAUUUGACGAAUUUCUACAAGCAGUACAAGUCUGUGCAGCCUUAUUUGCAGCGAACAGCGAAGCCUGCUGAUGGGAAGGAGAAUUUGCAGAGUAUUGACGACCGUAAGAAGUUGGACGGGUUGUACGAGUGUAUUUUGUGUGCGUGCUGUUCUACGGCGUGUCCCUCGUACUGGUGGAAUAAUGAGCAGUACUUAGGACCUGCUGUGUUGAUGCAGGCGUAUCGGUGGAUUAUUGAUUCGAGGGAUGAGGCGACUGCUAAGCGUAAAGAUAUGUUGCAGAACUCGAUGUCCGUGUACAGAUGUCACACAAUUAUGAACUGUACAAAGACGUGUCCAAAGGGUUUGAAUCCUGGGCGUGCUAUUGCUGAGAUUAAGAAGGCUUUAGCGACGUCCUAG